AUGCCGCCACCCACGACGUUGAAGCCUCCGACGCUUUCGCCGAAGAAGAGGGAGAAGGUUGCGUUGGCGCCGGGACAUAGUUCGUUGGAUUGGGCGAGUUUGAAGAGUUCGGGGGCGGAUCUUAGGGUAAGUCUCUUUUCGUGCUUUUGGUCGUUAUUUUUGGGCGGCACAACCCAACUCAUGCGCAUCCCCCCCUCCGUCCUCAAACUGCACAACAAGAAAGACGACGCGUGGUCGGCCAUAAACGGCAAAGUCUACAAUCUUACACCUUAUUUGCCUUAUCACCCCGGUGGGGAGAGGGAGCUGAUGAGGGUUGCGGGGAGGGAUGGGACGAAGCUUUUUGCAUUAACGCAUGCGUGGGUCAACGUCGACUUCAUGAUGGAUGCGUGCUUGGUCGGGUUUCUAGUCUCUGAGCCGUCGAGUUAG